UGUUUAUUUCUUUGUGGGCUGAUUCAAUCAUCGAUACAAUCAAAACUAGUGGGCUUGAGCUACCCGUUCGAUCCGUCUCAGCUGGACCCAAGCCCAAUAUUCUCCUCCCGUAGCCAUGAUUGGGAAUCCAAACUGGCAUUUACAUCUUCAAUUCAAAAACAUUUCUGUCCCUCAGAACAAUUUUCCGCUCAGUUACCCCUAAGCCCUUGAACACUUUCAAACUCUACUCUUCAAUAUUUCCUCUUUAGUUUCCCAGGCAAAUCCUUUACCCAACUGAAAACAAAAUGGAGAAACCCGAAAUCAACGGUCUGAUUUUCCCGUCUAGCAACGCAAGUAACGGACGCUCCUUUAGAUCCGUAGCUCCUCCGUCUCUUCACCCCAACUUCAGUAGCCGAGCCGUUCGGGAGGCUUUGGAACACUUAGCAUCUAUCGACCUUAGCGAGUUAUUCAAUGAGGCGAAAAUUGAGUACUGUCGAGCAACUAGAGACUUAAGAAGCUGUGGACGUUAUGUACAGUAUGUGUUGAGCUCGUGUGGACAUGCAUCUUUAUGUACUGAGUGUAGUCAACGGUGUGAUCUUUGUCCCAUUUGUAGAAUCCCAUUGACAAAAAGUGGUAAUAAUAGACUUCGCCUUUAUGAUGAGUGCAUAGAUGCUGGCCUAAUUUCUAGAAGAUGCGAUGAGAGGUUUCAAGAUAACGAAGAUAGAGAUUAUCGACUGACUGCUGAUGUUCAACGUCUUCAUUCUUUUUUUGAUGUAGCCUUGGACAAUAACUUGAUUUCUUUGGUUUGCCAUUAUGUUACUGAUAUAUGUAUGGAUGAAAGUGCUGUUUCCAGUGAUGCUGUCACUGCUUUGUUGCUGGAUGAGAAGGUUGUCAAGGAUUGGGUCAAGCGGACAUUUCAAAACAUGGCAAGAGAACUUCAAGGGAUAUAUUAUCUUGAGGUAGAAGAGAUGAAAAAUAGGGUAAGUUUGCUUAUAAAGUUUUCUGUACAUCUGGCUGGUUUAUCCAGUGUACUUGAAGUUUUGGAGUCAUCUUUCAAAGGUCGUCUUUCAGCACAACUCCAUGACUUGCGCAACCUUCAAGAGAGUAUAUUGAAGACAAAGCAGCAUCUUGAGAUCACAAUAUGGUGUAUAAGGCACCAAUUCUUGGAACAUGUGAGGUCCCGUCAUGCUAAUUUCACAUCCUGGUGUAAUCUUGUUCGUGAAAGGAAAUCAGCUGCAAUUUCGCGUGCAUGGCCACCUGAUGUGUUACAUCACUCCGCCGACUCCACUGGACAGGGUGGCUCUCUUUUCAUUGAAGAUGCACUGGCAAAUCUUGACAUAGAGCAGGCAUAUGACCAGGAGAUAGGAGAAGAGUCAGAUUUUGCAUUUUUGCAAAAGAAUGGAGCCUUGUCCUUUAUUCGGUCUAAAAUAGAGGGAAUGACAGGAUGUUAUCCAUUUGAAAGUCUUCAAGCUGCUGUGGACAUCCUCUUUCUACGUUGUAGUUCUGAUUUGGUGGUUGCAAAGCAAGGAAUUUUUGUAUAUUUCCUGUUCGAUCGGCAUUGGAGUAGGCCUGAAGAAGAAUGGAGACAUAUCGUGGAUGACUUUGCAGCCUCCUUCGGUAUAAGCAGGCAUUCAUUACUCGAAUCCUUCACUUUCUGUCUUCUGGAUGAUCACUCAGAUGAGGCUUUACUGGAAUCUUAUCAACUUCUUCCAGAGAUCUCUGGCCCAGCAUCUCAUCCUAAGAUUGUGCAAGUUCUAUUAGAAAGGCACAAUCCUGAGGCAGCUCACCUGGUGUUAUGUUGGUCUGGUCGUGAUGAUGGAUCACGGUUGGUUUUGCUUAGUGAGGCUGUCACUAUUAUUCGUGUGAAAGUGGAGCGUGGGCUUCUGACCGAAGCAUUUGCAUAUCAGCGAAUGCUCUGUACCAAAGUCCGGGAAACGAAGUUCAAGUAUGGACCAAGUGGGGAUGCAUUUGAUGAUCUGAAAGGUGAAUGCAGGUCCUGGAUGGACUGGAUAGAAGUAUUGGUCACUGAAUUUUGUUGUUUAUGUAUUCGGAGGAAUGUGGUAGAUCGAAUAAUAGAGCUACCAUGGAAUGCUGAUGAGGAGAAGUAUAUCCACAAAUGCCUGUUAGAUUAUGCAGCUGUUAACCCCUCAACUACCAUGGGAAGUCUCCUUGUUGUAUUCUAUCUUCAGCGCUAUCGAUAUGUUGAGGCAUAUCAAGUCAAUCUUAAACUUUGGAGCUUGGAGAAAGACUUCAUUUCAACUGACUCUGUCAAUGAAGAAGUUCUUUCCAUGAUGGAAUCACAACGACAAUGGAGAAAAGAAUUGGUUGAUAAAGGUAUAGAAUUGCUGCCAGAAGGCCUGCAGCAACAAGUAAAGACUGGAACAUUGUCUGAUAUAGUGGUUGCUUCUGUUCAAGAGGAUGAAACGCCAGCAAGAUCUGGUCUUUCUGAAGUGCAAGAACCAAAAUCUGCCAGUUUGUUAGUCCCCUCCACUUCUGAUUCUAUUAUUCUACGACCAGACCAUAUGGCUACUCCUUUGAGACCAGCAGUUUUUGAAGUUCCUAAAAUAUUGGGUGGGUCUGUCAACAAUUCUCGUGUUGCAGCUGUUAACCAUGGAUCUUCAUUAAUUUUCCAGGGGAAGUUAUUUGCAGAUGCAGCAAGAAUAUCGAAUGUUGAAGUUGGCAAAAACUUAAAGUUUGAGGACGUCUCAAGUCCUGGAAUUCAUGGUGUAAGUUCUACAUAUGCUACACCUUUAAAUGGAAUCAGUUGGAGUUCAUCAAGAGAACUUCCAAACAGACACCUACAAGAAAAACAAUACGAUAAAAUCAUUUUAGAGGGCGAGCAAAAUGGUUUUGUUAACCAAGUCCGCAAUACAAAUACUCCACAUUCCCGAAGGCUAACAGCUAACCCUUCAUCCACACCUAACAGUAAAUUUGGUUUGUUUAAAGGUUCUGCAAAUACCUUGCGUCCUAAUAUUUCUGGUAAGAGGGGCCAAUCAGAUAGGGGUGACGGACAUAUGAAUGUUCUUCCUACAGAAGACUUAAUGAAUGACUCUUGGAGCCUUGGAGAGAGGUCUUUUGAGGACAGAAAUGCAAAUGGGGGGCUGAGAUGGAGAUCUGAUGAAACAAGUGACGAGGAAGAGCAGAGUCCAAACAAAACCAAAGAAGUUGGUGCCACCCCCAUGAGGGGACUUGGGAGGAGAUUAACCCGAAGAUGAAAGAUCUUGUUGCCAACGUAUUUCACCAUUCUGUUACCUGAAUAUAUUUAUGUCCUUCCACAAGAAUGAGCCCGAAGCGUUACAAGUUGCAACCCUGUAAAUUUGAGGUUAAAUUUGGGGUGAGAGUAGCGUUGCUUGUGUUUCAAAGCUUUCAUGGGGGAAAAGGUAAAACCCUGCCUCGUACUGGAUUAUAAUUCGCAUAUAUGACCGACUCAGAUGUGGUUGUCUUCUUGAUAUCAAGUUGAUGAAACAAAGAUUUUUGAUAAUUAAAGGGGAUUGAUUCAUCAAAGAUCCCCUCAUUUUUGUUAAGAAGUUAGCUCAACGCAACAUUUUGAUAGUUCUUAGUUUGUCGAGCUGUAAUCGAAACUUUCCCAUAUUUAGUUGAGGAAUUAAAAUUGAUCGACUAUUCGGUGUAAUAUGUUCCUUAUUUAGAGAUUUCCUUGAUUUCUUACCAAACUUGUAUUAAUGGAAAUUUUCUUUUUGAUAAAAUUCUUAUCAUUACACAUGCAAUUAUAUGUUCUUAGGUAGAU